AUGUCCAACGAUACCCCAAUCGUCUGCGACUACUCAGACUCCGAUGACGAGUUUGUCCUGCCCUCUCCUCUUCCAACUCGGCGUAGCAUGCGCCUCCAACGCAGUGACUCGCCAUGGGCUACGUGGUCUACGGAGGACGUGUACAGUACUCUGGAAUCAGCCGACAUUCCCGUCAGCCAAGAAUCUCUCUCUGAGUCAGUCUCCAUUCACUCUGACUGCACUGGGUUUAUUCACCUCAUCUCAUCUGACCGCUUGGUUUUCACUGCAGCUGAGAGGAUGCAGGUUCGAGUGCUGCUGAUCCUGAUUCUCAUAUCAGUAUUAAUCACACAUGCUAAAGUGGACAACUUCACAUGUGAAGCUCCAGCUGAUAUCGUGAUGCUGGUGGAUAGAUCGGGGAGUAUUAGCUCAGGCGACUUCCGAACUGUGAAGAGCUUUCUUAAUAGCUUUUUCAGGUCCUUUAGGGUUGGAUCAAACCAAACACGCGUUGGUUUGGUGCAGUACAGCAAUGAUCCAAAGAUCGAGUGGCAUCUGAACACACACAGCACUAAAGAGGCUGUGAUCGACGCUGUGAGGAAACUACUCCAAGUAGGAGGAGGCACACAAACAGGUCUGGCUCUGACGCAUAUUCUGGAGAACAGUUUCAAAGCUGAAUCUGGAUCCAGACCUGACGUUCCUAAGAUUGUGAUUCUGAUCACGGAUGGGGAAUCACAGGACGAUGUUCUUUCUCCUGCUCAGAGACUCAGAGAUGCUGGGAUUGAGCUGUUUGCUAUUGGAGUGGGAUAUAUCAAUAUGAAUGAACUGAGAGCCAUCGCCUCCCCGCCGGAGACACAUGUGUAUUACUUGCGUGAGUUCAGCUAUAUGUUAGACAUCGUGGAGGGACUCAGCAGGAGCGUCUGCGAGCGCAUCUCUGAAAUCAACAGAGAGAUCAGCGUGAACAUUCACACAUGUGAAACUCCAGCCAUCGCUGAUAUCGUGAUUCUGGUGGACGGGUCAUGGAGCAUCAGCCGUUUGAACUUCAAAACUGUGAGGAGCUUUCUGGGAAUGUUUGUCAAGGCCUUCGCUGUUGGAUCAGAACAAACAUGCAUUGGUUUGGUGCUGUACAGCAAGGAUUCAUGGAUCGAGUGGAAUCUGAACACUCACAGCACUAAAGAAGACGUGAUCCACGCUGUGAAGAAUCUGCCUUAUAAAGGAGGACAAACACUCACAGGUCUGGCUCUGACGUAUAUUCUGAAGAACAGCUUCAAAGCUGAAUCUGGAUCCAGACCUGGCGUUCCUAAGAUUGUGAUUCUGAUCACGGAUGGGGAAUCACGGGACGAUGUUCUUUCUCCGGCUCAGAGACUCAGAGAUGCUGGGAUCGAGCUGUUUGCUAUUGGAGUAUUGAAUGCAGAUAAGAAGAAGCUGAGAGCCAUCGCGUCCCGGAAGAAGGAGACACACGUGUAUAACGUGGCUGACUUCAGCUUGAUGUUAGACAUCGUGGAGAAACUCAGCAGGAGCGUCUGCGAGCGCGUCUCUGAACUCAACAGAGAGAUCAGCGGUGAAAAAGGGUCAGCCGCUCCCAGUGACCUUCUGACCUCUGAGAUCACGGCCAGGAGAUUCUGUGUUACUCGUCCAGCGGAUCUCUAACAGAGCACAAGUGA